AGUAGGCAGUCAGCAGGCGGCUUGUCUGUCAAAGUUGUCGGCACUCGGCGGUGAGCACCAGCACGGCAGUCGGCAGCACCCGAGGAACCGUAAUCGAGUGCGGUCGUUGGUCGUUCUCUCGUUCAUUUUUCCGUCUCGCCCCCGUACACGCUUAYGCGCACACGCGGUCGCACUCGUCAGUCGGUUGUAGCCAGGACGCGCAACAUUCGCACGCGAGCGCUAGUCCGGUCGCUGUUUUUGCGGCGGAAGUAAUUUUUAUUUAGCUUUUCGUUUUUUUCUUCUCCCUCUCUAUGUCUAGCAAUUUUGCAUAGUUCCCGCAAACACGCGACGGCAAUAAUCACAAUAAUUUUAWUAAUAUACGAACUACAAACAAUAAUAAUAACAACAACUGCCGCGUGCAAUGAAUUCCGUCGGAAAACCAUCCGAGCAGUCGUUUCGCUCAUAUCGUCGGUGUGCUGCCUCCGUCAUUGUGCGAACGGUCUCCUCCAAAUUUGGACACGACGAGUGAACGACACCAUCGACGCCGCCGCCUCCGCCACCAACAAAAGUCACAUGGUUCACACGCCACAACCUCCGUUCAGCAGCAGUUAACACUCAACACGCGGUUCAGUCAUCUCGUCUCGUUGUCACAAAAAUAUUCGUGAUGGAUGGCAAAAUCAAGAAACUCUACAAAAUCGUACUGACCGGCGGUCCUUGUGGUGGCAAGACAACGGGUCAGUCGCGGUUAUGUACAUUUUUUGAGAAUUUAGGAUGGAAGGUUUACAGAGUUCCAGAGACUGCCAAUGUUCUAUUAAGCGGAGGUAUCAAAUUUUCGGAAUUAAGUGACGACGAAGCCCAUAAAUUUCAAGAAAAUCUUCUCAGAUGUAUGUUACAAAUAGAAAAUACUUUUUUUGAACUGGGGGAAUCAUGUGACCAGGACUGUCUAAUCAUUUGUGACAGAGGUGCUAUGGACGCUGCUGCAUAUAUACCUUCUAAUAAAUGGGAUCUGAUAAUGAAAGAAAAUGGUUUGAACAUGGUUGACUUGAGAGACAAUCGUUAUAAUCAAAUAAUUCAUAUGGUGUCUGCUGCAUGUGGGGCUGAAGACUUUUAUACAACUGAGGACCAUACGAGCAGAAGAGAGGAUGUGUCUCUUGCUAAAAGUCUAGAUGUCAAAGCGUCAGCGUCAUGGAUUGGACACCCAUAUUUUGACGUCAUUGAUAAUUCAUCCGAUUUUGAAAAUAAAAUAUGCAGAAUGAUAGCUGCUGUUUGUCAGAAACUGGGCCUAGACACCGGUGAUCGAUUAGCUACAAACUCGAAAAAACGUAAAUGGUUAGUGAAGUAUCUACCUAAUGAUCAAUUGUUCCCUCCAUUUCAAGAUUUUAAGGUCAUACACACCUACUUGCAGACAUAUACAACAAAUAUGCAAGCUCGCUUACGUAAACGAGGACAAAAAGGUCAUUGGAAUUAUACACAUACGAUUCGCAGGCCUCGGGUMCGUGGUCAAGUAAUAGAAGUGAAAACACAGCUCAGUCACAGGGACUAUGUAAAUCUGUUAUCGCAAAAAGAUGAAACCCAUUAUCCUAUCUAUAAAAAAAGGCGAUGUUUUAUACACUACAAUCAGUAUUUCCAGCUUGACAUUUAUUGCAAACCUUGUCAUAAAAGGUGCGAAGGGUUAGUGUUACUUGAGACGUAUUCUGCUCUUGAGGACCAAGAGCUGCUUGAUCGAUUACCAAAAUUCCUAGAUAUUGAAGCUGAGGUUACUGGUAACGCAGCUUAUUCCAUGUUUAACUUGUCACUUGUUGAAGAAUGGGACAAAUCAAAAAAUUUUUGUCACUACUUGAAAGGACCAGACGAAGAUCUAAAUAUAGGUGUUCAUAAAACCAACCAAGUUAGUUACAUUCAUACAAAUGGAAAACUAAGGAAAUAGUGACUUUGCUUUUACAUUUUUAAUAUAGUAUUACAAUUUUGUUUCUAGAUGUUUAUCAUUGUAUAAUAUUCAUUUUUUUUUUUUAAGUUUUGUUAAGUAGUAUACAAAAUGUCCAGUUACAAUUGUUAUUAAUAGAUUUUAAAGUUACUAAUCUAGGUACUUUAUGUAGUCUAUAACACAAACUACUCAUACUUAUAUGUAUAUGAUACAUGCAUUAUUUUUAUCUAUA